GAACCAUCGCACACGUUCACCCGUUUCCACACGGAACUGUUAUUGUGUGUGACGCGUUAACGCUGCGUUACUGCCACUACAUGCGAAUUAUGAUCAGUCCCAAACUUUCAGACAGUCAUCGAUUAUUGGAUAUUUACAGUAUUUCGUAUACUUUUUAGAUUAUGAAUUUCUUCCGCAACCGUCUGGUGGUUUUGGGGCUGGUGUUGCUGGCCACAGUGCUGCUGUAUCUGCUGCUGCCCUCCAUGAGGCAGGGGAGCAUGGAGCCGUCUCUGGAGGUGCAGCAGCGGAUGGGCCUGAUCGCCGCCUCUCCUCCGCCGCCGCCGCCGCCAAACAGCGUCAACAUCACGGUCAGGGCCGGACAGCUGCCCGGGGACCCGCCGCUCUUCUUCAGGGAGGCUCUGCCUGUGGACAGCGCUGGGCGACAGAUAGUGCCCAGGCUGCAGUUGGUGCUUCUUCAUGGUCAGGCCUUCACCUCUAAAACUUGGGAGGAGUUGGGCACCCUCAGCCUGCUGGCUUCCAAUGGGUACCAGGCCCUCGCUCUCGACCUGCCCGGUUUUGGGAAUUCUCCGGACUCGGUAAAGUCGGAUCAGAGCCGCGUGGACCUGCUGAAGCGUUUUCUGGAGUCUCUGGGCGUGCGAGCACCGGUGUUACUGAGCCCGUCUAUGAGCGGCCAUUAUGCCCUGCCGUUCCUCCAGAAACACAGCGCCCAGCUGCACGGCUUUGUGCCCAUCGCCCCCGUGGGCACCCGCGGCAUCACGCCACAGCAGUACCGCGACAUCCAGACUCCUACACUGAUCAUAUAUGGAGAGUUAGACACCAAUCUGGGCGCCCAAUCCCAUAAGAACCUGAUUCAGCUGCCUCAUCACACCGUGGUGAAGUUGGCAGGAGCGCGACAUGCCUGUUACAUGGACAAACCCCGUGAGUUCCACCGUGCUCUGCUCGACUUCCUAAGCAAACUCGAAUGAGGGACAGAGAGAGUGAGAACGGGUCAAACAAACAUGUGAAAAAGACUUUGGAAGAAACUGCGUGAAGAAAAAGACAAGAAAAUGAUGAACAGGACUGCGGUGUAGCUGUAAAACCAGUCCUGAAACGUAACACACACCUGAACGUUCUAUCAGCCAUCCACAUCUGCUCACUCUUUAUAAUUUCCCUGCGCGCACCAUCAAGAGAUGAGAUAUUAUAAUACAUCAAACUAACAAAACUUCUGCAGAGUUACUAUAGUAACGCUUCUUUUGUAGAUUGUAAACAUCCUUUUAUCAGUUUUGACACUGUUGCGUGUAAUGGCCCGUCUGAGCGUUGUUACAUUUUCCAGGCUGAGGGUUGUUCUGUAAUGCUGUUCCCAGGAUUUCCAGUCUGAGGAAUGUUCCUGUAACAACACAAUAGCCAUGGUUUCCAGUCUGAGGGUUGUUCUGUAACGCUGUUGCCAUGGUUUCUGGUCUAAGAGUUAUUCCGUAACACUGUUGCCAUGAUAUCCUUUUAGAGAGUUGUUCUGUAACGCUGUUGCCAGGGAUGUUCCUGUAACACAAUUGCCAUGGUUUGCAGUCUGAGGGAUGUUCUGUAAUGCUGUUGCCAUGGUUUCUGGUCUGACUGAUGUUCCUGUAACAUAAUUACAAUGGUUUUCUUUCUGAGAGUUGUUCUGUAACUCUGUUGCCAGGGAUGUUCCUGUAACACAAUUGCCAUGGUUUCCAGUCUGAGGGAUGUUCUGUAACGCUGUUACCAUGGUUUCUGGUCUGACAGAUGUUCCUGUAACAUAAUUACAAUGGUUUUCUUUCUGAGAGUUGCUCUGUAACUCUGUUGCCAGGGAUGUUCCUGUAACACAAUUGCCAUGGUUUCCAAUAUGAGAGUUAUUCCAUAAUGCUGUUGCCAUGGUUUCCGCUCUGACAGAUGUUCCUGUAACACAGUUGCCAUGGUUUCUUUUCUAAAAGAUUUCUGUAACUCUGUUGCCAGGGAUGUUCCUAUAACACAAUUGCCAUGGUUUUCAAUCUGCAAGUUAUUCUGUAACGUUGUUGCCGUGGUUUCUGGCCUGACAGAUGUUCUGUAAUAUAGUUGCCAUGGUUUCCUUUCUAAGAGUUGUUCUGUAAUGCUGUUGACAGGGAUGUUCCUGUAGCACAAUUGUCAUGGUUUCCAAUCUGAGAGAUAUUCCGUAAUGCUGUUGCUAUGGUUUCAGGUCUGACAAAUUUUCCUGUAACAUAGUUACCAUGGUUUCCUUUCUGAGAGUUGCUCUGUAAUUCUGUUGCCAGGGAUGUUAGUGUAACAUAAUUGCCAUGGUUUCCAAUCUGAGUUAUUCCAUAAAGCUGUUGCCAUGGUUUCUGAUCUGACACAUUUACCUGUAACAUAGUUUCCAGUCUGAGAAUUAUUGUUUAAUGUAAUUGCCAUAGUUUCCAUUCUGAGAGUUGUUCUGUAAUGGAUUUGUCAUGGUUUCUUAUCUUUGGGUUGUUCCCGUAAAAUGGUUGCCAUGGUUUCCAACCUGAGAAAUGUUCCUGUAACUAAUUUGCCAUGGUUUUCUUUCUGAGGGAUGUUCCUGUAACACAAUUGCCAUGGUUUCCAGUCUGAGAGUUAUUCUGUAAUGCUGUUGCUAUGGUUUACAGUCUGAAGCACGUUCCUGUAAUUCAGUUGCCAUGGCUUUCUUUCUGAGGGAUGCACAUUUAACACAAUUGCCAUGGUUUCCAGACUGACAGUUGUACCUAUAACACAGUUGCCAUGGUUUCUAGUCUGACAGUUGCUUUCAAUAACAUAGUUGCCAUGGUUUCCAUUCUGAGGAUUGUUCUUGUAACACAUGUGCCAUGUUUUUUGGUCUUUGCUGUUCCUAUAAUACAAAAUUCAUGGUUUCCUCUAUGAGGGUUGUUUUUCUAAUACGAUUGUCAUGGUUUUCUGUAACAACAAGAGUCACAUAAUGCCAAAAAUCAGUGUCAUGACUGUCAUAACCCUCGGAUACACUUGACAUGUAACUGAAUUCAUCAAUCCUACAAGAACAUCUCAGAGAAGAAAACGGCAUUUCUCAUUUUUGGCACGUAUUGGUUUGCCGUAUCAUCAUGUGAAAUCAUGCAGAGUGUUCACACCAGCAGUUGGCACAUACAUGCAUAAUGUAGCUUGUCAAUGUGUGAAUGGCUCAACACAUGGUUUUAGAAGUGCAAAAAUAAGAGAGAUAAGUUGCAGUACUGGACGCCUGUCAUGACUGUAAAUUCAGUUUUUCGUUAUUAGUAGUUGUCAGACUCAUACUGGCAGUAGAUUAUUUCUUGCAAUAAAUAGAAAAUUUCCUGAGAUUGCAGAGAAAAAAAAGUGUUCAUUACAUUACCACAUAUUAAAAUGGAGGUGUUCAUUACAUAUUUAUUAUUUAUUUCUUAAAGCUUCUACAUGACAGAAACUGUAAUGUGUGUGGUAUUUAUGUGCUGUGGUCUGUUGUUUUGUUUGUUUAUAGGUUGUAAAUAUGAAUAUGUUUUAGAGGACUGUGAGGCACCUCUGCCCUGUAAAUAUUUCCAACAUCACGAAUCUUCAACCUGAAGGGAUCUGUCAUUGGGACUGAAUUCAGAUUCUGGUGUGCAUGGUACUGCAGAGUCAUGAAACAUGCUUUUGUUCAGUGCAAAAUAAAGUUCAUUAACAUUAA